AUGAUUCGAAUCAAUUUAAGAAGAGCGAGCGGUGAAUUGAUCGUCAGCACAAGGAGAACGGCGGCAGCGGAGAUCAGCCGUACGGGUCCCAUAGAGUCACUGCGCACGUUUCUCCUACGUCGAUGGUCCAUCUGUUCUUCGAUCAGUCAACCUCGAGAGCUCUUCUGGCGAACAGCAGCGGUCAGCGGCUGUCCUCGAACUGGGGUACAACUGGUCACUGCAGGCCAAGUCGUGUGGUCACUACCGGUCAAAUCCAGAUGGACGGCGUUCGGAUGCCUCUUUACGUGUCGUCGCUCGGUCCAGCCUGAAAUUAUUCGACAUCCAGCACCACAGUCGUGACG